UCUGCCAUCAGGCCCGCUUGAAGAGAGACUUCUGAGAUCUCAGCUAUAAAGAUACCCAGCCAAAGUCUCAAUCUUGCCUUAAUGAUGUUUCAGAGACUGAACAAAAUGUUUGUGGGUGAAGUCACUUCUUCUCCCAACCAAGAGCCAGAAUUUAGUGAGAAAGAAGAUGACGAAUGGAUCCUUGUUGACUUCAUAGACACGUGCACUGGCUUCUCAGCAGAGGAAGAGGAGGAGGAAGAUGAUGACAUCAGCGAAGAGUCUCCACAGAGCACAGCAGGUGGAUUAACCGCUGUCAAGGUGGAGACGAGCCCUAUGGAAAACCUUCUCAUUGAACAUCCCAGCAUGUCUGUCUACGCUGUGCACAGUUCCUGUCCCGGGCUCAGCGAGGCCAGCUGUGUCCACGAUGACUACAACCCCAGCAUCCCCAGGGUGGGAGCCCAGAGUGACAUGGGGGAACACAUUCACUGCUAUGUCACCACCCUCACUGCUCAGGCAACGUUUCUGGAACAACCUAAGAGCUUCCGCCCUUCCCAGUGGAUAAAGGGACACAGUGAAAGACAGUCUCUGAACAGAAAUGGCCUUCGUCGCCAAAACCUUACCAGGGAUUGCCACACUCGACAAAUGAAGCAUGGUGACUGGGUAGUUCACCAGCCCUGCCCACGCCAGUACAAUUACUGAGGACGCUGAGUUCUGGUUGGUUUCCUGGGUUUGUGCCUAUGUAUGUGGAUGUGUGCAUACAAUGAGAUGUUUCUCCUUCUAGUCAACUGAAGACCAAUCACCUAGUGUGUCAGUGUCUAGACACUAUCACAACAAGAUUUUUGUGCUGUGUAUCACAUAAUGCCUUGCUCCUGACAGUUUCUUA